AUCUCUUGGCUCGACAUCUUUGUCAAAAUUAGCGAAUAUGGGUUCAGUUAAUCGACAACAAGACAUCGAAAUGCGAUCAAAAUCCGACAAAAAUAAAGAAUUUGAUCCUUAUGAGAAUCGUACGUUGGCGAAACCAAUCACCAACUCCGAGACGUUAUUUCAUCUCCUCAAAGGAUCUUUGGGAACGGGAAUUUUGGCGAUGCCUAAUGCCUUUCACAAUGCCGGAUGGUUAGUUGGAUCUGUAGGCACAAUUUUCAUUGGAUUUGUGUGCACAUACGCCAUUCACGUGUUGAUUGCCGCCGAGUACGAAGUGUGCAAACGAAAGAAAAUCGGAAGUCUAACUUACACGAAAUUGGCUGAAUUGUCGCUGUCUGAUGGACCUCCGUUAUGUAAAAAGUUGGCGCCAUAUAUUGCGACAAUUAUCAAUAUUUUUUUGAUCGUGUAUCAGCUUGGAACAUGUUGUGUUUAUGUCGUCUUCGUUUCCUCAAACAUCAAAUCGAUUGCUGAAUUUUACGUCGGAGAAGAAGUUGAGAUCAGAGUUAUAAUGCUCAUCAUAUUGCUUCCUUUGAUUUUCAUCAAUUGGAUCAGAAAUUUGAAACUUUUGGCACCUUUUUCGACGUUCGCGAACUUUGUGACGUUAAUAACCUUUGGCAUCAUCGCAUAUUACAUCUUUAAAGACCCAUUAACGCUCGAAGGAAAAGAGGUUGCAGGCGAAUUGAAGCGUUUCCCAUUGUUUUUUGGUACAGUUUUGUUUGCUCUUGAAGCCAUCGGUGUCAUCCUUCCAUUGGAGAACGAAAUGAAGACUCCCAAAGCAUUUGUGACAAAAUGUGGCGUCUUGAACGUUUCCAUGAUCUUCAUUGUCAUCUUAUAUGUCGGCAUGGGUCUUUUCGGGUACAUCGCCUAUGGAGAACAUGUUCAAGGAUCCAUUACACUCAACUUGCCGAGUCAUGAAAUUCUCUCACAAAUCGUCAAAGGCUCUUUGGCAUUCGCAAUUUUCAUUACUCACGCCUUGGCAUGUUACGUCGCAAUCGAUAUCGUAUGGGGCGGAUUGAAGUCUGACAAGAAUCAAAGUCAUCAAUUGCUCAAGGAAUAUGCAACGAGAACGAUUUUAGUGUUAAUUACAUUCGGUCUUGCUGUUGCUAUUCCAAACCUCGAACUCUUCAUCUCCCUCUUCGGAUCGCUGUGUUUGUCGUUUUUGGGACUUGUGGCUCCCGCAAUGAUCGAUAUGGCAGUUUUUUGGGGCGAUUUUGGCACAUGCAACUGGAAAUUAUGGCGAAAUAUCUUCCUCAUCGUCUUUGGAUUGUGCGGAUUAAUUACAGGAACGUAUACGAGCUUAUUGGAAAUCAUCCAUACCUAUUUUUAAGCAAAAAGUUGUAUUUAAAUCUGAAAAUAUAAAUAAAUGAAUUAAGAUU